AUGGCACCAUCUGCGAUUGAAGACCCCGUGUCCCAGGUAUCUCCCGGUCAGAUUCUGGUGAAGCCAUGGAAUCGUCCAGCCCAAACCAAGGAGAACCUUGAUUGGGCCCCAUUGACCAAGAUAGAUCUAUCACGCUUCGACCAGCCUGGUGGGAAGCAAGAGCUGGCCAAAGAGCUCUACGAUGCUGUUACUCGAGUCGGGUUCUGGACCGUCAUCAACUCGGGGAUCGAUGAUGCUCGGGUCCUUCGCCAGUUCAGCAUUGGAAACACUUUCUUCAAGGAGCCGUUGGAGGAAAAGCGUCGAUUUCCGUGCAAUUUUGCCGAAGGCGAAUAUUUUGGUUAUCGGGAGAAUAGCCGCUGGAUCGGUGAUACUGGUGUCAAAGAGAACAUUGAAAUGCUCAAUAUCCCGAAAGCCAUUCCUGCCUAUGCCGAGGUUGGCAAGCACAAGAUAGUUCAAGAGCAUUAUGAUGAGAUAGCCACUUUCCACCGGGAGCUCUGGGAGAAGGUGAUCCGAAAACUCUUCGUUCUAAUCGCCAUUAUUCUGGAACUACCAGAGGAUUACUUGGUCAAAGCUCAUGACUACGACCAGGAGUCGGACGAUCAUCUCAGAUAUAUGAUAUACAACGUCAGAACUCAAGACGAGUGGGAUCGUGCGCAAGCCUACUCCAAGGGAGGGCACACCGAUUUCGGAAGCUUGACGCUUUUGUUCUCGCAGCAUGUCGCCGGCUUGCAGAUUCGAACUCCCGAGGGAGACUGGAAGUGGGUUAAGCCAGUCGAAGGUGGUAUAACAUGCAAUGCUGCGGAUACUCUGACAUUCCUGACGAACGGCUUCAUCAAGUCCACCGUCCAUCGCGUAGUGACUCCACCAAAGGAUCAGAUCCAGAUCCCACGUCUAGGGCUGCUGUAUUUUAGCCGGCCAGGCGCAAAUACACCGAUGAAGACGGUGCCAUCGCCACUUUUGGAUCGUUUGGGUCUUCUCAGCGCCGAGGAUAAGGAUGAAACCCGGAAUGUUCCAACCGGUACCGAGUAUGUGCGAGCUCGUGUUAAGGAUGUGCAUUAUAAGACCGUCAUGGAAAAGCGGGAAGGCACGUCGUUCGAAUUCAACGGAUUGAAAGUGCAGAACUAUUAUGAGUAA